UGAUCCCUCGUCACCACUCCUUCCUUCCCAUCGCCGGAAUCGAAAACCACCUCCCCUUUUCCCCUUCCCUUCCUCUCCAAUCCAUCCGCCAUUGCUUCCAUUCCAUCGAUCCGCAUUGCGUCGCUUCAAUCCGUGGAGGAGGGGGAACUAGGAAGGCGUUGCGAGUGAGCUGAGGCCUGAGGAGGGGCAGCCGCCCCGCCGGCGAUGGACCCGUGCCCGUUCGUGCGGGUGCUGGUCGGCAACCUGGCGGUCAAGAUGCCGGCGGCGGCCCCGCGCGGCGGGGGCACCGGCGGUUCCAGCUCCGGCGCCGGGGUGCACCCGACAACCGCGCCCUGCUACUGCCGGAUCCGCCUCAACAAGCUCCCCUACCAGACGGCCUCGGCCCCGCUGCUGCCGCCCGCCGAGGAGGGGCCCGCGUCCUGCACGGGCGCAUUCGCCGCGGCCUUCCACGUCUCCAAGGCCGACCUCGACCGUGCCGCCGCGAAGCCCGCGCUCUUCGGGGCGCGCCGCACCGCGCGGCUCAAGGUGGCGGUGUACGCGGGGAGGAGGGGGUCCACGUGCGGGGUCAGCUCGGGGAGAUUGCUAGGGAAGGUGGUGGUGCCGCUGGACCUCAGGGCCGCUGCCGCCAAGCCCGUCGUGUUCCAUAGCGGGUGGGUCGCCAUCGGGAAGCGCCGCGCAGGCCGCAAGCCGGCGGCGGCGGGGGCGGCAUUCGGCGGCGCUGCUGCCGGCCACGCGCAGCUGAACCUGACCGUGCGCGCGGAACCCGACCCGAGGUUCGUGUUUGAGUUCGACGGCGAGCCGGAGUGCAGCCCACAGGUGCUCCAGGUGCAGGGCCGGAUGAGGCAGCCCAUGUUCACCUGCAAAUUCUCCUGCCGCAGCAACAGCGACCUCCGCUCAAGGUCGGUGCAGUCUGAUCCGGGGAACGGCGGGCGCAACUGGCUGGCCAAGUUCGGGUCGGAGCGGGAGCGCGCGGGGAAGGAGCGAAAGGGGUGGUCGGUGACGGUGCACGACCUGUCGGGCUCGCCGGUGGCGCUGGCCUCGAUGGUGACUCCCUUCGUCGCCUCCCCCGGGACCGACCGCGUGAGCCGCUCCAACCCGGGCGGCUGGCUCAUCCUCCGCCCCGUCGACGGGACCUGGACGCCGUGGGGCCGCCUCGAGUGCUGGCGCGAGCGCGGCGGUGCCGGCGCAGGCGGCGACUCCCUCGGCUACCGCUUCGAGCUCGUCCCGGACCACACCAACUCCGGCGUGGGCGUGUGCGUGGCCGAGUCCGGCGUCCCGGUCUCCAAGGGCGGGCGGUUCGCCAUCGACCUGACGGCGGCGCAGCCGUUCGGCCGGAGCGGGUCCCCCGGCUGCAGCCCCCGCGGCAGCGGCGACUUCGGGCACGGGCUCUGGCCGUUCGGGAGCUUCCGCGGGUUCGUGAUGUCGGCCGCCGUGCAGGGGGAGGGGCGGUGCAGCAAGCCCACGGUGGAGGUGGGCGUGGCCCACGUCGGGUGCGCCGAGGACGCCGCCGCGUUCGUGGCGCUGGCGGCCGCCGUCGACCUGAGCAUGGACGCGUGCCGGCUCUUCUCGUGCAAGCUCCGUAGGGAGCUGUCGGCGUCCCGCGCCGAGCUGCUGCGGUGAGCUGGGAAUGGUGGCGGCAUUGCCGGAAUUGGAAGGAACUGUACAGCAGCAGCAGUGGUAGUGUUGUGGAGAGGAUGGUGGCGAGGGGAAGGGGACUGAGGGAGAUGAGGGGUGGUUCGUUUGUGAUCUCGCCUGGUCGCGAAAGUUUUGGCGCGGCGAUCGGGUGAGCUUUUGUUCUUGUGUUUUUGGUCGCGGAGCGGAGGUGAUCACUUCUCGUGAUUCUUGGAUCGUUUUUGUGAUUUGAGAGUAGAGGUGUUGUUGUUGUUGGUCUUCUAGGUGCUUUUUAAAGUCUAGAAGCAAUCAAAUUGAAGCAGUAGCAGCAGUAGAGGGAGUGACGAGCGAAGCUGUGUCGGUGUUUAUGCGCUAUGAAUUUUGAACGCUGGUGCUGCUACCGAAGUGGUAGCAAGAUGUGUUUGUGUGUGGAAUGGAAACAAGACUUUGUCAUCAGUUUCUUCUUCUGUA